GUUUUACCCGCCUGACCGUUCUAGCUCUCCUCGCUUUAUAGUUCCCCUCCCAGCAUCCUUUGCCUUCUCUUCGACCGGCCGCCGUCGACAUGGGACGUGUGCGCACAAAGACGGUGAAAAAGGCCGCCCGGGUCAUAAUUGAAAAAUACUAUACUCGCCUUGGAAAUGACUUCCACACAAACAAGCGAGUGUGUGAGGAGAUCGCCAUCAUUCCUAGCAAGAAGUUGCGCAACAAGAUUGCUGGGUAUGUUACCCAUCUGAUGAAACGCAUUCAAAGAGGGCCAGUUAGAGGCAUCUCUAUCAAACUGCAGGAAGAGGAAAGAGAAAGACGGGAUAACUACGUCCCUGAGGUUUCUGCCCUCGAUCAGGAGAUCAUUGAAGUGGACCCCGACACCAAGGAAAUGUUGAAGCUGCUGGACUUUGGCAGCCUGUCCAACCUGCAGGUUACACAACCCACUGUAGGAAUGAACUUCAAAACCCCAAGAGGCGCCAUCUGAAGCCAUUUCUGUAACUGUCACUUUUACAAUAAAUAUAUAGAAACAAA